CCCGAGGGCUGCCCGCGGGUUGUAACGGCUAAGAUGGAGGUGCGCAAUCGAAGCCGAUUCGGCAUUGGGCCAAGUGCCAUCCGCGAUAAACCCCAACCGAUUUUUGGUCCCUGAAUCCGGAUAGACUAUUUGUUCAGAUUGAAUUUCUGUUGUGGGAGAGGAAGAGAUCGAGAAAAGGACCCCAAUCAACUUCCCUCUUUCCCCUUCUUUCGCUUGACUCUCUCUUCUUCAUCUUCAUACUCGACUUCGCGGGCUAUUCACGGCAUAUACACCAUGGGGGAGUCCAUCGAUCGCAACGACACCAUUCCAGGCGUCGCGCCGGCAAAGGAGCUCUGGAGACAUCCAGACCCUGCCUCCACGCCCAUGUGGAAGUUUCUGCAGACUGUGAACGAGAAGCACAAUCUGCGUCUUAAUGGCUACCCAGACCUGUACAAGUGGUCCGUCGACAACGUUGCCCAGUUCUGGGACGAAGUGUGGCAGUUUGUCGGCAUCGUCAGCUCCAAGCCGCAUUCUUCGGUUCUACCUCCUAAUGCGCCCAUGUUUCCUCGCCCCGACUUCUUCUCCGACUCUCUUCUCAACUUUGCCGAAAACCUCCUAUUUCCUCCCACCCCAGAGCCUCUCGACCCCAACUCCACCGCCGUCAUCACCACCACCGAGCUCCCAGGCGAUUUGCGCUCAACUACCUGGGGUGAACUGCGUGAGGCUGUCCGCCGAUGCGCCAAUGGCUUGCGCGCCGCAGGGCUGAAGCCCCAUGACAUCGUUGCCGGUUAUGUGUCUAACCAUGUGGAGGCCGUGAUUGCAAUGCUGGCUGCCGCUUCUAUAGGCGCGAUAUGGACGGGCAUUAGCCCUGAUAGCGGCGUCUCUGCCGUGCUGGAUCGACUGAGCCAGAUUGGACCUCGUGUCCUGUUCGCCGACAACGGUACCGUUUACAAUGGCAAGGAGUGGUCAAGCACAUCCAAGACAAAGGACAUUGUCGCGGCGCUUAGCAAGAUGGGCUUGCAACAGGUCGUUGUCAUCAACAACAUCAAGGGCGAGCUUGGCAUUGAGGACCUUGAGGCUCACGGGGUCAAAGCUGUUGAAUACCAGGCAUUUCUCGCCAGCGCAUCUUCAGAGAAUCUCAGAUUCGAGCAGCUGCCGCCAUCACACCCACUCUACAUCCUCUACUCCAGCGGAACCACUGGCCUUCCCAAGGCCAUUGUUCACACAGCCUUGGGAACACUCAUCCAGCACAAGAAGGAGCACGUGCUGCACUGCUCACUGACCCCUGCGUCGAGCAUGCUCUACUACACAACUACUUCCUGGAUGAUGUGGCAUUGGAGCAUCGGAGCGCUUGCUGCUGGAGCCAAGUUGAUCCUGUACUCGGGAUCGCCCUUCCGACCCAACUCAUACAUGUCUAUCCCCCGCGUGCUAUCAGAUCUCAAAGUUACCCACUUCGGCACCUCAGCGGCCUACCUCACGGCCUUGGAGGCCAACGGCGUCUAUCCUGUUCGCGAUCCUAGCAUUGACUUGUCCCAUCUUGAAGCCAUCUACUCCACUGCAUCACCACUGCCUCCAUCCACCUUCUCAUUCGUCUACGAAGCCUUCCCCAAGAACAUUAAUCUCGGCUCCAUCACCGGCGGCACCGACAUCAUCUCCCUGUUCGGCGCCUCUUGCCCUCUGCUUCCCGUGCGCGUUGGCGAGAUCCAGUGUGCCGGCCUCGGCAUGGCCAUCAGAGUUGUCGACUCUGUCACCGGAGAAGAAGUGCCCUCAGGAGAACCCGGCGACCUGGUUUGCGUCAAGCCUUUCCCCUGCCAGCCCCUGACAUUCUUUGGCGCCAGCGGCAACGACAAGUACAAGGCUGCCUACUUUGAGCGCUUCGAGGACGUCUGCGGCGUCAAGGGCGCGGUAUGGCACCAUGGCGACUUUGUCAAGAUCCCCGACGCCAAGACGGGCGGUCUCCUGAUGCUGGGACGGUCCGACGGCGUCCUGAAGCCUGCUGGCGUGCGAUUCGGCUCGGCCGAGAUCUACAACAUCCUGAUUCGGUUCUUCGCGGCCGAGGUGGAAGAUGCCGUUUGUGUGGGGCGCCGACGAGCCACGGACACUGACGAGACGGUGUGCCUCUUUGUGGUCACUACGCCGGAUCACAAGUUCGACGAUGACUUGAGAAACAGGAUCAAGCAGAAGAUUAAGAGCGAGCUCAGCCCCCGUCACGUCCCGGGCGUGGUGGAGGAAUGUGGCGGCGGUGUUCCCAAGACGGGCAAUGGUAAAAAAAUCGAAGUUGCUGUGAAGCAGAUCCUUUCAGGCAUGACGGUCAAGACGAACGCCAGCGUGGCCAACCCAGAGGCUCUGGAAUGGUUCAAGCAAUGGGCAGAGGCCAAUUAAUGAGAUAUAGAAAAAAAGCGUAAUGUUGGAUAAACAGAUAUAUUCAAAAAGAGGAGGGAUGAAAUAUUAAAAAGCAAGAUAUGGAUCGUGGAAAUCCCUCUCGGGAUAGCGCUUGGGCAGUAUUAUGCCAUGAUGAAGAAAUCGAACUACAAGCAUUAUAUAUGAAGUUUUGAUUAAUGUGUUCCUUGGGUGUUGAGCUAGCUCAAUGUAGAAGCUAGUUAAUAAUUGCUCGGUCGAAUCGCUUUGCUAAAGGAUACACGUUAAACGCAGCUAGAUCUCAAGUGGAUCGUGAUAUCAUAUAUGAGAUGCAUCUACUAGUAUUUUC